AAACUGACAGGCAAGUGAAUCUAGACGCUACAAGCAGCUCGCCACAGGAACUGAAUAGCUUCAGCAGGACCAGAAACAAGGAAGGGAUGACUUAACGUCUUCCCGGGUGUUACUGUGAGUGUCGAGUAUAAUCCGCAAGUAAUCAAAACUGGGUGAGGAUGUAAAAAGCUCGGGAAGAGACAAGAGAACGUCUGACUGAGUGUUUGAAGGGUGAGUAGAAAAUGCUUUUGUAGCCAGGAGGGGUGUGUUGAUGAUAGGUGACAGGUGUGUGAGUGGAGCGGGAUGAGACUGCUGCUUCCUGACAGCGCAAAUAACUACUGGUUCCUACCAAGACCUUCAGAACAGCAUCUCUGAACGCAGAGCAGAACCUUGUUUCCUGGUCUGAUGAGUCUGGAUUUCAGCUGCAACAUUCAGAUGGUUGGGUCAGAACUUGGUGUCACCCGCAUGAAAGCACAGAUCUAUCCUGCCUUGUAUCGAUGCUUCAGGCUCCGGCUGCAAAAACCUUUGGUCAAAGCCAGUUUUCAUUGGCAUGUCUGCGUCCCUUUCUGAGCUUUAAUGGCACCCUGCAAGCCAGGCUCAAACACAACAGCACAUCUCGUCUGCUACCUACAGUGAGCAGCAUGACCCUGCACAGUAACCUGCUUUAAACCAAGGACGUUCACUUUGUUGUUUUUGUCUUUUAAAACAAGAAGUAGCUGUCUUUUCCCUCUGAAGACAAAACCCUCUUGUUUUCAGAUUGAUAGCUGAAACAGAGGAAGGCCACUCCAGUCCUGCAGGCCAACACAACUGAGAUGGAUUACAGUUAAGAUUGAACAGAAUAAUUCAUGGACCUCCGAGCUCAUGAGACUGGCUGAGGUGAAAAUGGUAGUGGACUUUUAUUACAACAAAGAUUAUUUAUUAAUCCUGACAUGACCCUCAUCAGUUCAAUAAUUAAGGUGGUGGAGCGCUAUGCUAGCUUUACAUUUCCACAUGUAUAAAACCUCUAAUAAUCACUGGUGUGCCUCGCAGGCUCCGCUUCUCAUUCUUUCAUUCAUUAUUUCAGAAAGUGAGAAGGCUUCCAGGGAAAUGUGCGUUUAGCCUGUAAUUGUUCCAGUCAGAAGGUGAGAAGAAAACGGGAGUGGGACUGGACGAAGCGGCUCACAUAAUUUCCUUUCUCCAAACUCUUGAACCUUUGUUUGUAUCGGUGCUGACUGACCAGUGUUAGAGUACAGCAGUGUUACUUUUACAAGCCAUUUGGCAGAACAUGUUCUUCACCAUUUAUAAUUAAGUUUUAUAUUCCUUUAAGGAUCUGGCAGCAAACAUACGAAAACAUUCUGACCUCAGGACCACCACUGCUGCAUGAUUUAGCUCUAUCUGAUGGGUUGUUCCUUUGCAAAAACAGAAUGUUUACUUCAACACCCAGUUUAGUUCACAACGUCUGCUCUUCCAUCAUUUAUGACACUUACUGUAGCUGCUAGAGGAGAAGACAUUUAAACUUCUCUAGUAUUUUAUUUAUGGACAAAACAAAGAAAACAUGACAACAGAUUUCAGCUCUUAUGCAUAAAGAAACAACGUGGAAGCAUGACGUGGAUGACAAGAGCCCCGGAGGAGGCUGACUGGGAUUUCUGAUUACAAAGACAUCAAAACUCCAAACCAUCUAAAAAUACUUUAUUCACCAAACAGCUGUCACAAACUGUCAUCUUAAUAACAAUAAAAUCUUUUUCUGUUUGAUCUAUGAAAUCUUAUGCUGAUCUUGAUUAACUAUUUACAUUUUUGCUAAUUUAAACUAUGAAAAGCAUUAAAUAUAAAUUCAUCUAUUUUAAUGUAUCUUUAUCCAGGAACAUUAAUGAAACUUAAUGAAAAGUUCACAUCACGAACUUGACUAGUUGGACUAAAUAAACCUAUCUGUUUUAUAAAUGUUGAACUCAAUGGAGUUGGUGAAAUGAUAGCCUGACAAUCAAAGCUGUCAUAUUUGAACAUACGCCCUGAACAAGUAAAAUAAGUUGUGUAAAUGUUUAGAUAGAAUCGUUUUAAUCUCCACAUUAACUGUAAAAAUAAUAAUAACAAUGACACUGUUGGAUACAUUUAGCAGUUUUAAACUAAGAUUUCUAUGGAAAAUGGAGGACAGUUAUUGUGCCAGCCAAUCUCGCCAUCAAUGAUGAUGAUGAAGAGGAGGAAGAUGACACUGGGACAGAAUCUCAAAUAUAAGACAUUUAAAAAUAUUCUAAUACUCUAUAUUUGAUAAAAAAAUGCAGUAAUCUGUUUUUUUAAAAUAAAAAAUACUUUAUGGUUUCAUCAUUUUUAUAUUUAUUCUAGUUAUUUAAGGUUCUAAAAUGUGCUAAAGAACUUUAUAAUGUUCUACAUUAUUCUAAAUGAAUAUUUAUUUAACUUGUUCGUGCUUUUGGGGGGAUUUCUUUGACCAGAACAGGGCAUAUUUGAUCAUUUUGUUUUCUCUGAUUUUCUGCAUGAAAAGAAACAUUUUGAAAAUUUUAACAACAGAAGAAUGCUUUUUAUUUAUUUAUUUAUUUUACCACAAUAACACUCUGGGAUUGUAAUUUAAGUUUUUAAAUUAUUUCAGUGAGUUGAUUUGGCUUACUUUGAUUAAAUUAUGAUGGUUAAAUAUUUGGUUAAUAUUAGAUUUGCAUUGAUGAAAGUUGAUCUAAAGCCCCACCAACUCCUGCUGUGACGCUCGGACUCUGGUUCCGGUUGCAAGUGUCCUGAGGGGCUGCAGCGCAGCUCGAGCUGCAGCAGCUGGUUCUGUUCAUUACCAGGAGAGAGCGGCUCAACUGAUUGGACUGAUGAGUCAAUAAGUGCAAUCAGCGCAGUAACGAUAAACAUAUAAAAGAAAAGCGAUUCCAAUGAACGAGUCGGAAUUACCCGAGGGAUGAUCCCAGAUAAUCACUGAACGGCGAGCAGUUCAGAACCGGGAGUGAGGCACGUGCCUACAGCCAGAUAUGGGAAUUGUGGUAUCAACAAGUCAUCUCCAUGCCGUGAUUUAGUUCUGCUCAGCAACCGAACCAUGCAGGUUCAUUCACUCUGUUGAUUGAAAUCACCUGGGUCAGUUGCUGAACUGCAGAAAAACACGGCAUGGAGAUGACUUGAUGCAACAAUUUCCCACGUCUGCCCAGAAUCUUCCACUGCAGUUUCUGCUCAGAACUUUCCCUCCAGUCUCCGGAAGAGGAGGUGGCAGUGGAGCUCAAGAUGCGCUAGUCGGCGCCUUCGGAAUAAAAGUCAAUGGCUGUGGAUCUGGAACCCUGUGAGGAUGAGCUCUCUCUGCACACAAACCCCAAAGCCCAGCCAGCAGGACUAAAGUCAACAGUUGUAAACAAAGAUGCUGCUGUUGGAAGGAGGAGGAGGUACAUCUCUGAAACGCUGACAGGCGGAGGCUCGUUUCUUGAAAUGACUUCUGGGCAGCGCGUCUGUGCGUAAAACUCCUCAGAGCUGUCGGGGUUUCAGUGAGGAAGGAGCAGAAGCAUUUACACAUUUUUAAAUUUAAAUCUCAACAACUGUCGUCUCUGCAGCCGAGGGAGCUCAAAUCCGCACCCCUGGCUCUUUGCGAGCUCUUGUGAGGACUUUCCAUUUGCGUAAAUCCAGUUUCACAGCCACGCUUGUCCUCCGGUAUCAUCUUAUCCGUAUGAGAAUUCAUUCAACUCCAUCUGCUUCGAGAUCCGAAUGAGUUCAACUUUAAGCUUUUACGCAGCCUCUUACUGGCCACCAGUCGUGCCAGCGCUCUGCCUCUGGUGAGGAUGUAGCGCCUCAAGAAGAACGCAGGAGGGACGGGGUUCCUAUUUGUGCGCAAGUACGAGGAAGAUCUGAGCAGUGGAACCAAAGGAGGAGAGGGAGAAAAGUAGGAGAUCUCCGCAGCCCACCCAAGCCUCAUUCAGCACCACGCGCUGUUGGACAGCGCCAGAGCUGAUCGGGAAUCUGGACAUCUGACUAUCCCCCCCUUCUCCCCCACAACACUUCUAUCUAUUUACACAGCUUUUACUCUUCUCACCCCAGCCCUCUGCUCCGUUUAUGAUUAUUAUAAACAUCUGCUUCCUGCGUGGUUUCCGGGGUUUGGUGAGCAUCGUCCAGACAGCAGCGGAGUCCAGAGCUGACUCAAAGACGCAGGAAGGAAAAAGGAACCAAGACAGAACCACCGACAGCAGAACUUCCGCUCCACUUCAGAAUCACUUGAUCCAAACAUCCAAAGGAGCCCAAUGUGGACCCCAUUGUGACUUCCUGUCUGCCUGACACACCGAGAGGAGAGCUGAAUGUGAUUGUGUGCUUCAGAAAACAGAGAAGAGAGGCGAGCUCUCCAUCUUUGUUCUUGCCUUCUGAGAGUGGUCUCUGUGGACUUUGCUUCAGCACACUCUGCACUGUUUGGUUACUGCAUGUAUUCGCCACUCUCAGGUGCAGGAAAAGAGUAAAACAAGGAAGACAGAAGAAAGGAGAGGAGAUAAACCGAGCCAGGCAACAUGAUUAGUGUUUCUGACUUUGAGCCAGAGCUAGAAAUCAUGAGAAGAGAAUUCUGAAGACGACCAUGUUCUGAAAAGCAUCACAGCUUACCUCCAGGACACUUGGAAGUGUGUGUGUGUGUGUGUGUGUGUGUGUGUGGAUUUAUGUGUGCACACUUCUUUCAUUUUCAAAAGACUUGAAUUUGUAUUUGAAUGUUGAUUUAGCCUUCCAUUAUGACUUUACAAGUGGGCUUAGUGAGACAGUGGAAAGAUGUUUUCUGCUGGGUGUUGCUGCUGGCUUGUUAUGCCUCCAUCACCUUGGCAGCCAAACCUAAACUGCCAGGACACACACACCUCAACUCCAUACGCAUUGAUGGGGACAUAUCUCUGGGUGGUCUUUUCCCAGUGCAUGCAAGGGGGAAUGAUGGCAAGGCCUGUGGUGAGCUGAAGAAGGAGAAAGGGAUCCACAGGCUGGAGGCCAUGCUGUUUGCCCUGGAUCGCAUCAAUAACGACAACGAGCUGCUGCCUAAUGUCACUCUGGGGGCCCGCAUUCUGGACACGUGCUCCCGGGACACCCAUGCCCUGGAACAGUCGCUGACAUUUGUACAGGCCCUGAUUGAGAAAGACUCCACUGAUGUGAAGUGUCUCAGUGGAGGACCACCUAUCAUCACAAAACCUGAGAGAGUGGUCGGGGUGAUCGGCGCCUCUGCCAGCUCCGUGUCAAUCAUGGUGGCCAACAUUCUGCGGCUUUUUAAGAUCCCUCAAGUGAGUUAUGCCUCCACAGCCCCGGAGCUGAGCGACAACACCCGCUACGACUUCUUCUCUCGUGUGGUCCCUCCGGACACCUACCAGGCUCAGGCUAUGGUAGACAUCGUCAAAGCCAUGCGCUGGAACUACGUAUCUACUGUGGCCUCAGAGGGGACCUAUGGAGAAAGUGGUGUUGAGGCAUUUAUUCAAAAGUCUAGAGAGGACGGUGGCUUGUGCAUAUCACAGUCAGUGAAAAUUCAACGUGAGCCCAGAGUGGGAGAGUUUGACAAGAUCAUCCACAGGCUGAGUGAGAACCCAAACGCUCGAGUUGUCAUCAUCUUCGCCAACGAGGACGACAUCAGGCGCCUCCUUCAAGCUGCCAAAAGAGCCAAUCAAACAGGCCAUUUCAUCUGGGUGGGCUCAGACAGCUGGGGAUCCAAGAUAGCUCCAAUCCUGAACCAAGAAGAGAUGGCAGAAGGUGCCGUAACCAUCCUACCUAAACGACAAUCCAUUAAAGGUUUUGAUCGGUACUUCAUCAGCCGAACACUGGAGAACAACCGAAGAAAUAUUUGGUUUGCAGAAUUUUGGGAGAACAACUUCCAAUGCAAGCUCAGUCGACAUGCUGUGAAGAAAGGAUCAGGCAUCAAAAAGUGUACAAACCACGAGCGGAUCGGGAAAGAUUCUUCAUACGAACAGGAAGGGAAGGUCCAGUUUGUGAUCGAUGCAGUUUAUGCCAUGGCUCAUGCGCUCCACAACAUGCACAGAGACCUCUGCCCUGGGAAAGUGGGCCUUUGCUCCAAGAUGGACACCAUCAACGGCACGAUGCUGCUCAAAUAUAUCCGUGAUGUCAACUUCACAGGAAUUGCAGGCACCCCAGUGGUCUUUAACAUGAAUGGAGAUGCUCCUGGUCGCUAUGAAAUCUACCAGUACCAGAUCAGAAAUGACACCACUGAAUACAAGAUCAUUGGAGACUGGAGUGAUCAUCUUCAUUUGGACAUAAAUGAGAUGCAGUGGCCUGGUGGAACACAAGUCCCCUUGUCUAUCUGCAGCCAACCCUGUCGUCCUGGGCAGCGGAAGAAGAUUGUGAAGGGAAUCCCAUGUUGCUGGCACUGUGAGAACUGUGAUGGCUACCAGUACCAGGCAGAUACUUACAGCUGCAGGUUGUGCCCCUUUGAUUUGCGGCCCAAUGGAAACCACACUGGGUGUGUUCCCAUUCCUAUUGUUAAGCUGGAGUGGAGCUCUCCCUGGGCAGUCAUCCCUGUCCUAAUUGCCGUCUUGGGGAUCAUAGCCACUUUGCUGGUGGUGGCUACCUUUGUACGCUACAAUGAUACACCCAUUGUUAAGGCCUCUGGAAGAGAACUGAGCUAUGUGCUUCUAACAGGAAUCUUUCUGUGCUACGCCACAACAUUCCUGAUGAUCUCAACUCCGAAUGUGUUCGUAUGUUCACUGCGAAGGAUUUUUCUUGGUCUUGGCAUGAGCAUAAGCUACGCAGCACUGCUCACCAAGACAAAUAGAAUCUACAGGAUUUUUGAGCAGGGCAAAAUGUCAAUCAGUGGCCCUCGAUUUAUCUCCCCGGCCUCCCAGUUAGUCAUCACAUUCAGCCUAAUAUCAGUACAGCUACUUGGAGUGUGCAUCUGGUUUGGUGUUGAUCCAUCACAGGCCACGAUUGACUACGAAGACCAGCGCACAGCCAAUCCCAAAACAGCUCGAGGUGUCCUGAAAUGUGAUAUCUCGGACCUAUCUCUAAUCUGUCUGCUGGGUUACAGUAUGCUGCUGAUGGUCACAUGCACAGUUUAUGCCAUCAAAACGAGAGGCGUCCCCGAGACAUUUAACGAGGCCAAGCCCAUUGGCUUUACCAUGUACACCACGUGCAUCGUGUGGCUUGCCUUCAUCCCCAUCUUCUUUGGGACUUCACAAUCAACAGAUAAGAUGUAUAUCCAGACUACAACCUUGACCAUUUCUGUCAGCCUCAGUGCAUCGGUCUCUCUGGGAAUGCUCUACAUGCCUAAGGUCUACGUGGUUCUGUUCCAUCCAGAACAAAACGUGCCCAAGCGCAAGCGCAGCCUCAAAGCUGUGGUCACUGCAGCCACAAUGUCCAACAAGUUCAACCCCAAAGGAGGCCUGAGGCCAAACGGAGAGGCCAAGUCUGAACUCUGUGAAAGUCUGGAAACACAAGACACAGUUGAGGGAGGGGAGCCUUGUGAGGGGCUUUAGACUCUCAGCGCUGUCCUCGAAGCAGACAUACAUAAGCUACAGUAACCAUGCCAUCUAAGACAAAGGAGAACCACUGGAGACGAACAAAGGCUGGUCAUGGGAGGGAUCAUUUGUUUAAGGAGAAUUUUGGGGAGUUACUGGAGACCUUUCAAGCUGCUACAACAGGGAAGACCAGGGUGGAAAUGUGGGAAAAGGAUGCCAUAUUUUUCCACAGAAUAAUGCUUGGAUGCCAGAUUGAUGAGAAAUCAGCAUGGCCAGGGGAGAAGUGAGAGCUUGGACCUGUAAUUUCCCUCUUCCCACCCUUUUAUAGGACACAAAUGAAUGCUGAUCAGUGAUGAAGACUGCAACCAAUGGUAUGAUUUUUAAGUGUAUAGCACAGUUUCAGUUCUCUCCAUGGCCGAAUCAUCUUGUUCCAGCAAAACCAGGGAAGCAAGUGUGGUGUUUUUAUGUCAAAUACAGUUGGUGAGAUGGGCAAGUAUAGAAAUAUAGUAAUUAUUUUUGUUUGCAGUUGUUGGUGGAGUUGAAAGCUGCAGUACUCUUCAAACUGUACAUGCCUUACUACAGCACACUCAGAACCCCUUCAUGGACUAGCCACAUGCAAAACACGUAAAAAUAAAGCAGCAAGACACCUCAGUUGCUUUAUUAAUGUUUCAUAAUGAUGAAGACACCGUCGUCUUGGCAAACCUACUGUACAGUCCCAGAGCAUGCUAAUGGGAGCAUCACGUGUUCUGUGCUGUGUUGUCAACGUCUAUGGAAUGCAACAUUUGUCAUGCUGUCCCACGGUGAAGAUGUCAUUUUGAACCAUUACCCAUUAGUUUGAAAUCACCUAAAAUAAAAGCCUCGGUUCCAUGAAGGGUCCUGGACGGGUCGGUGUGCACCGAUAGUGGUCACUGUUUUCAGGAAAGUGUUUCAAUCGCAGUUGGACUCUCACCUGGCAGGCGUGGUUAUACCUAAGUGUGUACCAUUGACCAUCGAGUCAUACCAGUGUGGUGAGGAGUGUUUAAAGUUCUGCUUGCUGGCAUCUUCUCACAUUUACGUAUAAAUAAAGAUACAAACUAAAGUUUAUAUUUGCUAGUCAAAGUGACAUAUUUCUUUUUCCUGAUCAAUAGCCUGUGCUGUGUGACAUCAUCCAUCCCGCCCUAGCCAUACCGCUUCAUUGACAAGUUGACCUACACCUGAAGCAGGCCCAAGAAUGGCCUGGUCCGAGUUGGUUGUAUGGCCGGCUUUCACAACAGAAAAAAAAAUAAAAUAGGGUCCCAGCUCAUCCCAACCUGUACAAGACCCCUCAAUGGAACCAAGACUAAAACAAUCAUCAUAAGGAGUCAAAAUAAUGUUGCCAUUAAACCUAAUUUCCUUUACAUAAUCCUUUCAAGUCAGCACAGACUUGAUGAGACUUACAGCAUUUUUAAACAUCUGAAACUGAUUGGUCCUUAUUUAUCUUGCAGCUUUUAACUGAAUUCGGCAGUUAGAAGUAUUUUUCUGCCAGUGUUACUAAAGACAGUGCAUUUAGUAAACCAUUAAUAAUUGAUUAUUUCAGUCUAGACAAUGUAAUCUUAGCCCUAGUCUCUAUCGACCCUUUCCACAUGACACCAUGCUACUUAAGGGAACACCUAACUCUAACAUUUAUAAAUACUGCUCUCGAAGAGCCUCACCUAGGUGUUCCACUUAUUCAGACAAGUGAACUGGGCUUGAACUAGCAAAAGUCAGGCUAAACUGUCAAAAAGUCACCACUUUUGCCCAUUGUUCAACACUCCUGUAACUCACUGUUGACAUCCACUUUGGUAGAACAACAUAACCAGGUGCAAACGGUCAAGUAGCAGGGUUAGACUGAAUAUGUGAAUAUUUUAGCUAAGGUUUAUGCGUUUAUGAGUACUGAGGCUGAAUUUAGUAUUUGCAUUAUUUUGAUUUUGGUUUUUAUUUGAUAUGAUUUUUUUAAGGAGCACAAUGUUGAUAGCCCCAGUGUCUCUUUAUUGGUUAGUGGUUAUUUGUAGAGCUGACAAUGUUUAUGAACGGCACUUAAAAUAGUGUUUUAUGAGGGUAGUUCUAUGCAAUGUCUGGCCAACUUUAAUUGAAUGGCAUAUGUUGAAUGUCGACAGGCAGAUUGGUUUGUGUCUGCAGUGAUGCGGAUGCUGAGCCGAUCUGUCGUGGUGAAGAGGGAGCUGAGCCAGAAAGCCAGGCUCUUGAUUUACCGGUCGAUCUACGUCCUAGUCCUCACCUAUGGUCAUGAGCUUUGGGUAAUGACCGAAAGAACGAGAUCGCGAAUACAAGCAGCCAAAAUGAGUUUCCUCCGUAGGGUGGCCGGGCUCAGCCUUAGAGAUAGGGUGAGGAGCUCGGAAAUUCGGGAGGGACUCGGAGUAGAACCGCUGCUCCUCCGGAUCGAAAGGAGUCAGUUGAAGUGGUUUGGGCAUCUGGUCAGGAUGCCUCCUGGACGCCUCCCUGGGGAGGUGUUUCGGGCAUGUCCUGCCGGCAGGAGGCCCUGGGUCGAGCCAGGACACGUUGGAGAGGUUACAUCUCCAAUCUGGUCUGGGAACGCCUUGGGGUCCUGCCGGAAGAACUGGUGGAGGUGGCCGGGGAAAGGACGGUCUGGAGCUCCCUAGUUGGGAUGCUGCCCCCGCGACAGGGACCCGGAUAAGCGGAGGAAGAUGACUACGACGACGACGAUGUUGAAUUUAACUGGUAAUUUGACUUUUUAUUGAUAUUAUAAUAUGUAGAGAAAUGUUUAACUAACUUAAAGAUUUUCAACAAUAUUUCCAUUGGUCGUUCUCCCUGUUCCCCCUCCACGUCCAGACAAAAGGGGUUAUUCUCUAUGACUCAGUAAAAUGUCUCUGCUAUGUUACAGCAUGGCAGAUGCAAAUCCAUAGCUAUUGGGUCAACAACUGAGAUUAGAAGUGCAACCCUACUCUGAUCAAUAAAAGAGUUUAAAUUAAAUAUAAACUUGAUAUGUCAAUAUUUUACAAAUCGUACUGAGGUGCAAUCACUGUAGUGUGUGUGAACAGUGGGCCUUACAACAAGGCUCCCCUUACAGAUGCACUAAUUAAGAGUGGGAAAGACAGAAAACUGACUGGUUUCUUACACGAUAAUGAGCCAUUUCUUUUAUGCACUCUUAUUCCCACCCAGUCUGAGUAUUAAUGAUUAAUAAAUUGUGACAGAAUAUUUAAUAACGUAUCUAUAAACUAUGUAUUAUCCAUUUUUAUGAGGAGCCUAAAGUACUAACAGUGGGACCAUCAGCAAUACUGUCAAAGGAAGAGUUUACAGUUGAUGAUUUAGUAAUGUUUAUUUUGCUGCACAGUGUUUACACAGUACAUGCACUCCUGUCUCUUUGAGCUGACAACAAACAUUGCUGCAAUGCAAGUGGUGAAUAAGAGUUUAAUUGUAUUGUUUACAUCAUCUAAAUUGUGCUCCUAUGCAGUCGCUGCUACACAUUAAGAAAACGUUAGAGAAGUGCAUCCGUAUCCUGUAACUGGAAUGUUUAGAUGUCUGUAUUUUUUCUGUUAGCUUGUUUAGUCAGAAGAGUAACUGCUUGAAUCUGGACCACACCUCCAAAAUAAAAAGCUAGUUAGCUAGACACAAACACUUUUGUUUCCAUCAGACAAACAUAAAAGCACCAGCCCGGUUGAGGCUGACCCAGUCAAGAUGUGUUAGGGAAAAUAAAAAUGUUGUGUUUCUGAUUAUCAUUUCAGAGAAGCAUUAUGAUGUACAGCGAUUGUACAAUAAAAAAAUGUUACAGAUAAGCUCUGCUCUGCUCUUUACCAAAUGUAUGCUGUCUGCAUUUUAUUCUCUGCUCUGAAACAAAAUCCCUACUAGAUAAAUAAGGGCCAGUGCCUCAUAUCACUGCCAUUCCCCCCAUCCUCAUGGUGUUAUUUCAGUUAAACCCAUUAACAUUUUAAAAGUGUCACAAACUCAAUUCAGAUUUAAAAGUGUAAGAUUUAUAAUAUUGUGAAAAAUGCAUUUCUGUCCAAAGUCUGAAGUGCUCGUCAUAAAUAGUAACUCUGGAAUUUGUUUCAUUAAAUGUUAUCCUCAGCGAUGCAAAAAUUCUGUAUGUUGCAUGUCAGAACCCAUAACGAGUCAUUAGAACAAUACAAGAGAAAGGCACCUUGUCCAGAUGGAAAACUACUGCAGAGGAUUAUAGACAGCUAACCGUUUCAGUCGUUAAUUCUCUCAGCUUAAACAAAGCUAAAGGUGAUGCCGCAAAAGGAUUUCCUCACCAUCUGAUCGAGUAUUGUUUGUGGGAUUGUUUAUAUUAGUGAAUAUGAAAAUUUACUUCUUUGUUUCGUUUGAAUUAUAAUUUUUUUUCUGUUAUUAUUCUUUUAUUUUUUUGGCACAGCUUUUAUUUUUCUACAACACUGUGUGUGUUAAAAAAAUUAAAUAUGUAAGUGCUGACUGAAAUAAAAUGGCAAGUUAUUGUACGUUAAGAAAAUUGAUUGAUCAUGUCUGCUUUAUGUACGGAAAUAUUAAAAAUACAGAUUAAAAAAGUUACAGUGCCUGGAUAUUUAUGAAUUAUCUAUAUAAGAAGAAAAAAGGUCAAAAUGUGUUGAGCAUGUUCAGUUUUUUAUACAAAAUGUUUCUAAUAAAAUACUGUUUUGCUAAUUUUGUGUACCUAUUUCUUUACAUGUGUUGUAGUACAACUAUAGUAAGAAACAAACACGUGCUUGAGUUUUGCAUCUCCUGGUAUAAUUCUGCAAAGAUAAGCUUCAAAGAAAUCCAAAAAUAGACAAUUAGAACGAAAUGAAAUUGGAUUUAGGAUUUUGACUUUGUCUUAAUAAAAGUAAAGGCAAAUAUUACAAGUUUCCUAAUCAGACCUGCUUAGGUGUUCUGCUCCAGACUCCACAGGUUGUUCAGCAUGAAGGAUUGCUGUAUUUUUUUUGUUUUGUUUUGUUUUUAUUCAGGUUGAACAUUUCCACAUGUUUUCUCCUGAAAUUGGGAUAAUUAUGUGAGUGUUAUUUCAGCACACAAAUCAAUAGACACUUUUAUGGCAGGCUGACGUAGAUGGGGUGGGGGGUGGGGGUGGGGGGUGAUAGUUCUUACAUUAAAAAAAAUCACAAUAAAAUGAAUGUAUAAAGAUGACACAUUAUCUGGUUGACUGAACUUUAUUUCUGAUUAUAAGCCUGAUGUUCCUUAAAAGAUACUGAUAUAACCUCAUAACUUAUUGUUUGGGUCCUAAUAAAGUUACUCAAAUAAAUGUUAUACAAUCACACAUCUAAUUGAAAGAUCUCAAUUUAACUGGAUGUCUUUAAUAUGCACAGAACAUCAAUAAUCUUAAUCCUGUAAAGAUUUUAUGAGAUUUUUAUUUGUUUUCAUUCAUUAGGCAACUUACACAUGUGUGACUCCAGUGGACCAUGGCUAAGUUAUUGGUGAAAUCUUUAUUUUUACAAAUCCUUCUAUGUUAGCUCUAAACGUAUGUGGUGGCAAAUGAGUCUUUGUUAGUAAAACUGCAACGUUGACCUUUCUAUCUACCAUUUUUCACCUUGCUAAUAUACUUGAAUUGGGUUUAAUCUAAAAGUUACUCUGUACUCUGUUACUAAUGGGUAACAAGCAUUUUUUUCUGAACACAUACAAACACAGAUAAAAUUAUUAUCUCAUGUAUUUUUGCUGUAGGUGUUUAUUCACUAAAUUCAGUAAAUUCUUGCAGUAUGUAGCUAAUUAGUGCUAAUUAUAAAGAAAUCAGCUUACUUUGUAUGCAAUGAUACAAUCAAGUAGUGAAUGCAAUAACCUACACUAGAGUUCAUCAAGGUGAUUUUUGUAGAUGAGCAAUCUACAUUCAGUUCACAUACAGCAUAAAUCUGGUUCAAAAUCAGAGCUGGAUUGUGAUGAAAGAGUCUGUAUUUUAGUUUCCAUCAUUUUGACUAACGUAUGCCACCAAGAUAGUUGCACAUGCAGAGCCAGAUCUAUGGAGCUGAAUAAAAUGAAGCUAUUACUCAAAAAGACCAAAUUAGAAAGUGGGACUCGAAAUUAGAAAGUACGCUUGAAUCUUAACACCUUUCCCUUUACCUACAUAGAAGCUGUCUGAAGGUAAAGGUUACAUGUGGUGCAGAACUACAACUUUUGCAUGUGAUUUGUAUGGUGAGUUUCAUCAGUAAUCAGACAAGCCACAACCUUAACCUUGGUCGAUCAAUAUGGUCAGCUACACCUGCAGCACAAGGCUUCAGCAAAUUGAGUAUAUAUCAUAUCAUCUAUAAAAGCUGAAAGAAUUAUGAGGCACUCUAAAUGAAAAGUAGAUCUACUGAAACUAUCUGUAUAGGAAAUGUAUUGCAGAGCUGAAAAUGCCACUGGACUGAUAAUUGAUAAAGUACUAUCAUUAACCAUCUGAGUUCUACUUUAAAGGACUCCGCUGCAUGAUUACUAAAGUAUGUACAGCUUGGUAUAAUUGGCUACCUUCUAAUAAAUAGCGUAUGCAAGAAGGAAAAUUUCUUUGAGCAAAUGCAAAGCAUGCUGCAGUUUUUAGAUGAACCAAGCCUCUAAUAAAGGCUGUUUGUUCCACACAGACAAAAGUUUGAAUGUGUUACUUUUUUUGCCUUGCACGCAAUAUUAUCAGCCCCUCUAACAUGGAAAGAUUAAUGUCAUCUAGAACUUGGAAAGAAGUUUGUCCUAAAUUCACAUCAAUGUGUUUUUGCUCUUUGGAAUUGUGCUGUCCUGCAUAAAUAUCACCGCAACUUUUCGCCUCAGGAAACAUCCAGAUCCCCCUUUUGUAGCAUUUUUAGGGUAAUUCUUCAUCUUUUAUCUAAAUCCCUAUCAAUUCUCACUUGCAGAUGAUAAAACAGGUAAUUUUUACUUUUAAUUGGCCUUUCCAAAACUAGAAUAGUUGUCAAAAAGACAGUCAGUACUUUCACUGAAAAUGAACUGUGUCUGACCUUACUUGAGUUUUGCUCAAGAUAUUUUCUUUUCACCACAGAAUUAUCUUUGCAAAGGAGCCUAUUUUAAGUCAAACUGAUUAUUUUAUUAAUCAGUUUUUAUGUUUAAAAUCGAUGCAGAGAUUCAAAGACAAUGGUGUAUCAAAGGGCUUCACAAUGCAAUCCAAGGUGAUCCUGAGUGAAAAACAACUGUCUUACACAGAACAAGGACCUGGAUUUGAAACAAAAGCUUCAUGACUUACACCACUGCCAUUGGUGUUAGCUCUUCCUAUCAGUUUUAUGUCCCAGUAACAAGGUCAGAUUUUAUUUUGCUGGUAGAAACCCUCAGAACCAACGCAAACCACACAUGAGGACAUGACCACACCCAGUUACUCAGCAUUAUUGUCCGUUUGCCAUAUGUACAAUUAUUAGCAGUAGAUAUGCUGUAGAUUUCUGUUCUGAAUUUACAGGAUGAAUAAUAAUUUUUAUAUACAUGUACUCAUUUUCUUUUAGCUAUACUGAUGUUAUAAGACAGUUGAGCUUCAUUGUUUGUUUCAGGUUAACUCGUUGGAAGAUUCUAAUACAAAUCUAAAAGUAAACAUGAAACAGUGUUUUAAGUAUAUGGAUUCUGCCUGCCCAUCCUGGAAGUCUGCUUUCUUCAGUUCCAGCACCACGGCUAGUGCCUCUCUACUGCUUCUAACGAUCAGCACCAUGGACAGCGGCAGGCCUAGUUUAGAAGUUAAUCCUCUCCGGCUCUAAAUAAGUUUUGAUAAAAGGACGAACAACUAAGUCCUUCAGGGGUACUUCUGAGUAAAAAAAAAAAAAAAAAAAAAAAAAAAAGCUCACAAAAUAUGUAUGUGGAGUAACCAGGUAGGUAGGUUUUGACUGUUGCAAAUCAGCAAUGCCUGCCUCCAGAGGGUUAAAAGGCUGAGGCUGUCAGAUGCUCACAAAAGAUCAUUGCUAUUUGUCCCCAAAUCUAAGUGAUCUUUACAUGUCAUUUGAGAUAUC